UAUUUUGAAAAGUGAACGUUUUGGAAAAUGGGUAUGCCUUCUUUUUAGACAGUGAGGACAUUUUUGAAAACUUAAAAUUAAAACAUUUAAAUUCUAAACAAUUUUUAAAAGUAAAUUCAUUUUUCAAGUGAGAACAUUUUUGGGGAAAGGGGACUUUUUUGGAUAGCGAGAGUUUGUGGAGAGGCAGGAAACCUUUUAUAAAUGUAACCUUUAAAAAAAUCAGUUCAGUUCAAAUUAAAAUUAUUGUUUUGAAAGUUCAUCACGUGGGAAAAUCGGGACAUAUUUGCAGUGUAGGAGAAUAAAAUGUCUCUAAUUGUUUCAUUCCCCAUAGCUAUGAGGUUUAUCAUGACUUUUUUUAAUGCAGGCAUUAUUUGUGUUGUCGGUCCGUUUAAGCUCCUCUGUAUUCGUUGAAUCGAUGCGUGACGUGAAGCCUGAGCAUCAUGACUUUAAUGAAAGCAGGGAGGAGGGAGGGGGUGUUGGAGCCAGCAGAGACCGAGCAGAGCAUCAGUGUUGUUCCUGCCGUGGACCAGAGAGGAGAGAGACCCAUCACACAACAAUCAGCGGCUUGUUUUCAGAUCUUCUGUGUGUGAAGCAUCCAUGUUUUCACUGACAUGGAUGGAGACUGUCAGAGACACUGGACUGAUGCGCAGAGACAUACAACUGCAAGGCCCAGCUGCAACAUCCCUCAUCAUGACUAAAGAGGAGAACCUGGAGGCGCAGGAGAAGGAGAGGCACGACCGGGAGGAGCAGGAGGAGGGGAAGGUCCAGAAAGAGGAGGAAGAGGCACUGACCGAGGAGGAGGACGAGGAGGAGGAAGGAGAGGAAGAAGAAGAGGAGGAAGAAGAUGAAGAGGAAGAAUAUGAGCUAGGAGAGGAAAGGGAGGGGGAGGAGAGGACGGAGGUGGAGGAUGAGGACGACGACGAGCAGGAGGAGGAGCGGGAGGAGAGGGAGGAGCGGGAGGAAGAGAUGGAUCCAGAGACCGGCCGGGAACGUGACGUCGAGCCGGAGCCGGAGCCCGAGCCGCUGUCAGUGUCUGAGUACCAAAGUCCAGUUCAUGAGCCACGCAGACGAGCCAUGGUGCACCCCUCCGCCCAGGCGCCGCUGCCCAAAGACUACACUUUCACCUUCUUCGACCCCAAUGACCCGGCCUGUUUGGAGAUCCUCAUGGACCCUCGGACCACCAUCCCCGAGCUGUUCGCCAUCGUGCGUCAGUGGGUUCCCCAGGUGCAGCACAAGAUCGACAUCAUUGGCAACGAGAUCCUGAAGCGUGGUUGCCAUGUGAACGACCGUGACGGUCUGACCGACAUGACGCUGCUUCACUACAGCUGCAAGGCUGGCGCACAUGGAGUCGGUGACCCAGCGGCUGCACUGCGUCUCAGCAGCCAGCUAAUCGCUCUGGGCGCUGACGUGAGUCUGAGGAGCCGCUGGACCAACAUGAACGCUCUGCACUACGCCGCUUACUUUGACGUCCCAGAACUGAUCCGAGUCCUGCUCAAAGCCUCUAAACCAAGAGUGUUGAACUCCACCUGCAGUGAUUUCCACUAUGGCACAGCUCUCCACAUUGCUGCCUCCAACCUCUGUCUGGGUGCAGUCAAAUGUCUGCUAGAGCACGGAGCCAACCCCACUGUCCGGAAUGAUAAGGGCCAGGUUCCGGGGGAGGUGGUUCCCGACCCGAUGGACAUGAGUCUGGACAAGGCAGAGGCUGCUAUGGUUGCCAAAGAGCUGAAGCAACUGCUGCUGGACGCCGUCCCUCUGAGCUGCAACCUUCCAAGAGCCACGCUGCCAAACUACGACAACAUCCCAGGAAACCUGAUGCUGUCCUCGCUGGGGCUGAAGCUGGGGGAUCGUGUGCUGCUGGACGACAUGAAGCUCCCGACAGACCAGAGCCGAGACGACAGCCCGGCUGCAAACCUCACACAGACCGGCACUCUCAGGUUUUGCGGUACUACAGAGUUUGCCAGUGGUCAGUGGGUCGGCGUGGAGCUCGACGAGCCAGAGGGAAAGAACGAUGGCAGCGUGGGUGGCGUUCGCUAUUUCAUCUGCCCUCCUAAACUAGGGAUUUUUGCACCGGUGUCAAAGAUUUCCAAAGCUGUGGAUCAGACACCUUCAUCCGUCACCUCCACCCCCCGAACCCCCCGCAUGGACCUGGCCUCCCGCCUCGCUGGAAAGACCAAGAAGGAGAAAGAGAAGAAGGAGAAGGAGAGGGAGAAAGCCCAGAAGAAGAAAUCGUCAGUAGCCAGUCUGGAUCCAGAGGGACUCAAUGUGGAAGUUGGAGAUCAGGUUCUGGUGGCCGGACAGAAACACGGCAUCGUCCGCUUCUACGGCAAGACCGACUUUGCUCCAGGUUACUGGUUUGGAAUCGAGUUAGAUCAGGCGACAGGAAAACACGACGGCUCAGUGUUUGGAGUCCGCUACUUCAGCUGCCUGCCCAAAUAUGGAGUGUUUGCUCCGCCCUCCCGAGUCCAGAGAAUUGGAGGUCCUAAAGAAGGCUCACAGAACGACAGCUCCAUGGUGAAGAAAGUCCACCAAGUCACCAUGUCACAGCCGAAGCGUAACUUCAACACGAUGCGUUCUCCUAAAGACCUGACCUCUGAGAGCUCCAUAUCCAGGUUGCUGUUCUGCUGCUGGUUUCCGUGGAUGCUGCGUGCUGAGAUGCAGUCCUAACCACGCCCUCCUCCUUCGUCCUCUUCCACCAGAUUGAUCUCUCCGCUCUUUCUCUCUUCAUCUUUUACUUUGUCGCUUUCCUCUCUCUUUCAGUCUCUUCAGACGUUCACUGUCGCCAUUCAGACUUCUCGUAUAGUGAAACCCUCUUCUCUCGUACUCUCAGCCCAAAUCCCUCUAAUUUAGCCGUUCUAUAGCAAAAUCUAUAGUGCCUUGUAUCUGAUCAAAAUGUCCUGCAUUCCUUUAACGAAACUCUGCUAAAGCAAUCCCCCUAAAAUAUUCUCCUCACCCCUUUACACGUCUUAUCUUUUAGUUUCAACAAGUCCUCAUCUCAUUGUCCCAGCUUCGUCCGUCUUUAUUUCAGGACAUCAUAAACCACAAAACAUCUGUUUGUGCUGCUGCAUGUUUUGUUUUUGCUGCUGCUCGAUUUGGGUCUCACCGAAUUUGGAGGUUUGCACCAGCGAGCUAAAAAUUAGGAUGUAAAGCUGAUGUUUUGACUCGUGGUUUGCAGCUCGCAAAUGUACGCACACUCGUUAAAUCCCAUGACAUACUCCGCCUGCGUACCUGAACACAGACAACAGUGAGGUUUGCCAAACAAAUGACAACUGUACAUGAGUCUGAGUCCAGAAGAGGCCCAACGAACCAGGCCGACAGUUGUGAGGAAGCAUUAAUCUUCUGAGUGCCUGCGACGCUUCAAAAUGCACACUUGUGUCACACUGAGAAUUUUAAGUGCCCAAACAGAACACACACUACGUUUACAUGCACACAGUAAUGCCCUUAUCCUGAAAAAGACAGCAUUCCUACAUGGGUAAUGUUUAAAAAUGAAUAUUUCACUAAUAUUCCUGCUUACAUGCAGGCGUGCUCUAACGUCUUUUUAUAGGCAAAAUAUGGAAAAUUAGAACGGCUGGAGCCGCUUGUACCAUUUUGCUUCUUUGUGUCAAAAUUUUAUGGCUCCAUGCCAGUGAGUGUUGUGGCUGGAGCCAUAAUGUUUUGGGGUUGUUUGUCGAUCUCUGCCCCAGUCUUGUGAAUGUGAUACGCCUUGAGGGAAUUCCUUCAUAUUGGCACAAACGUCCACAUGGACUCAAGAAUGGACUGAUCAGACUUUGGUGGUUUGGUGGUCAAAGAUCCCUGUGACCAAACAUGUUUUUGGAAGUCACCCACUAAUUAUGACAAAACUUCACACAGAAUGAGGUGACAACAUUUAAUAUCCAGAAGGUCAAAGGUCAGCUUCACUGUGACAUCAUAAUAUUUUGUAAAAACACUUAACUGGCCAUUACUCAACGUCAUAUCUCAGGAACAGAAGGGGAGACAUUUGGUCAGAUACUGAAUUGAUGACUCUAAUCUUGAAACAUCUGUGUGUGAAGCAUCCGUGUUUUCACAGACAUGGAUGGAAACUAAAAGAGACACUGGACUGGUACAUGGAGGCGUACAACCAUAGAGUGGUAAUUCUAGUUUCAAAUUUUUCCCACCAGUGGCGGACUCAUUGGCGCGUGAUAACGCAGCCUCCUUCUCUCAUUCCGUUAACCACCUUCUUGAAAAUGUCGGCAUUGCGAUAUGCACAAUGGAUUUUGCACAAAUCCAUAAACCUGCUGAUAGACAAGUCUUUCGUGAUGUUUGAAAGUAGGUGUGUUCUUCCACCUGACCAAAUGUGGGCUUUUCCAUGGGGCAUGCAUCUCUACCCCAGCCUGUGAACUGUUAGCUAGUUGGUUUGUAUACAACUCACAGAGCUGACUAAACAGGCAAGAGGCCAAGUGUUGACAACUGCAGCAAAAACCACAACUGAGAUAAAUAUUCCAAAUGUAUACAUGCCCAAAGAAUGCUCCUGGCGUAUCCCACAUAUCUUAAUCUGGAAAAGGCCAAAUUCGGAAUAGCCAAAGGAAAUAUGCUGUUUAUUAGGAUAUUAGUGUGCAUGUAAGCGUAGUCACUGUGUGAAAUUCAAAGUGUAGAAAAUGUUGGAUCCAGAUCUGGUUUCUGCUUCCUCACUUCUCACCUGAGACCAAGAACUCAGUCGUUAUAACUGUGGACUGCGUGUGAACAAUUUUCAUCACCUGCAUGCUUUAAUCUCAGAUGUCAAACUGAAACCAGUUAAUCAAUGACUGACUUUGUCGUUUUUUAUCAUAGUCUCACAGUCAGUUAUAUUUUUUUAUCUCAUGUAUUUAAGCCUUAGAAAACAAAAAAGUUCUUGGUCUCUAUCAGCCUGUUUACACCUGUUAUCACAAGUGGACGGCGCUAAACACAAACAACCACCAAGACACAUUGUGAUGCGGUCACUCAAACCACUUGUCAGGGACGCAUUUGACCACAUGUCAUCUGUGGUGUGAAAGCUAACACUUCCUGAUGCGCCACGACAAGGACUGCGUCAUCAGUGUCAGACAUGGUGGUUGCUUUGGUGACAGUGUGCUAACCAUCCAUCGUUACAUUGGAUUCUGCUGGCACACAACCGCUAGCAUGACUGGUGAACAUGUGGACUUAAUAACUGUGCACGGGCCCCUUCGAAAUCUGAACACAAGUGUUCAGCUGCAGACGCAUGACAGACACCAGUGUGGACGGUGAUGCGUCUCAGCUGUCCACUUGUCCUCUGAUUAUGGAAACGCAUGCCAGUACCAGGUGUAAUCAGGCUCUGUGUCUCCCGUCACAUACUGUUCAGGGAACGCUGCUCUGAAGUUGAUGUGGGUGCCAUUUUAUUACAGUAAGAUGAAUUUGAUGUUUCUUAAACAACAAAUCUAAACAGUAACUUUUUGCUUCAUCACUUAGAAGAAGAAAAAACAAUCUGUUCAUUUAGUCGUUUUAGAUGACGAACUGUAGUUAGACAUUAUAGUGACUGAACGUCUUAGAACAACUGUCAUUAUUAAUCAGUGUGUUGCCAAAUAGAAACAUUAGUCCAUCUAGUUACAUUUAAAAUACAGUAUAUUAUAGAAAUCUUAUAAAGAGCUGCAAUCUGUAGUUAACCAAAAGUGCUAACAGACCCAAAAUGAUUAUUCUUUUUCCAAUGCAAUUUAAAAUCAAAAAAGGUGUUUUCAGCCCUGCUACAUGUGAUAUUAAUGUUUUUGUGUUGCUGCCGUCACACUCGCGUCUGAAAAUAAGCUUAAUUUAAAGUUAAUAUCAGCUUUAAUCCAUUGGGAAAUUAGUAUUUGUUUAUAAUAGUAAUACCGCUCGUGUCCCUUCAUCAUCUCUGUCAUCUCAAGGUUUUUAAUUUCCUAACACAGAAAUUUAAACCCUGGAUAAACUCUCCAGAGAGUCCAUGAUAUUUGUGAAAGUUUUCCUCUCUGCUUCUCUUCCCCUCUUCUCUUAUCCCUCUCUUUCUCUCCGUUUAAAUAAGACCUUGCUUCCUUUUGUGAAUGUGAGCAUCUGCGAAAAGACGAAACAAAAACACGAGUUAAACUGAACUUACGUGUGUUCGCUUAAUGUUAAAAAUCUCUCUCGAAGUGUAACUGAAAACAGCAAUAUGUAAACAGUGUACCUAUCUCUGUGUGGAAAUGGUUCCUGUGUUAAUGUCUCUUUACACUCUGUAAGCGCACUGAUACAGAGAGAUGAACACGCUCACACACUCUGAUGGCCGAGGCUGCUGGAGACGAGACGCUCAAACAAGUGUUCAUACAGACGAGUCAAAGGAAUAAUCUGUGGAGGCAUGUUUACACCUCAGGGACUGGUGGAGUCAAAAGUUCAAGAGCCAGUCAGAGGCUUUGUUUUUGUUUCUGUCGAUGAAGUGGCUGCAGUCGCAGGUGAAUAUACAGAUAAGUCCAACUCCAACUGUGGAGGUCCAAAGCUGCAUCUAAAUCUGUAACUGACAAACAUGUAUCGGAGGUUCUCCAGGUGAAAUCCUCAGUUUAUAACCAUGAGUCAGCAUUCACAGUUUUUUUUAGACAAAUGUUUGUUUUACAGCUCCAGGAAGACUUGAGUAUAAAUGAUGUAUAUUCUGGACAUAAAACACACAGGGAUUAGCAGAGCUCAGCAGGGUUCCCACCAUCAUGGGAAACCUGGAGAAGUCAUGGAAUUUCAGUCUCAUUUUCCAGGCCUGGGAAGGUCAUGGAAUUCCUAAAAAUCAUUUAAAAUUUUGGAAAACUCAUGGACUUUUGUUGUUUAUAAUGAAAUGAAUUAUUACAGUAAUUUUCAGGGGAUAACCCUUCAUGUCAUGCAACAUAACAGCAAAUUUAUUUUCUGUAAGUUAGCCGUUGACAAACAUAGCUCUAAUAUACGCUAACUUAGAGCUGUACAAUAUAUCCUUUCAGCAUCACAUUACCACUUAACCUUCACUUCCCCGACAAAUGUGUUUAACUGUGCGUUCAACUCUUAAAGUUUUGGUAAAAUCCAAAAUUUUGUUCUUGACUUUUGAAAUCCACCAGCCUGUGAAGCUGCACAGUGAGACACUUUGUUUGCUCUGGUGAAAGACCUGACUCUUCACUAUCAACCCAGUCGCCAGAAUAAAUGUUGGCAUUGCACCUUUCUGCAAACUAAAUGUUACAUUUCUGUGUGAUUUAACAACACUGUGGUUAACAUGAAGUUAUUUAGGCAUAAAAACAACUUGGUCAUGGUUAGAUUGUGUUUUGGGUGAAAAUGCCCACUGCUGGAAAUGCACUGAUGUCUCAGCAAAAACGAUGCUUUACGAGACACAAUCUUAGCUGGAAAAACAGUGAGAGGUUGCUAAGAAACACGCAUGUUUGGUGGCUGAAUAUUUGCUGGAGGACAAACGCUUGCUAGAACACAACCAGUCUUGUAGUUUGUUGGUGUUGAACAGUGGUCUGCAGCUUGGCAGGCGUCUCGUCUAGGUGACCUCCUCCUCCAUGACAAAGUCAGCUUAUAUACUACAUCACUUUAGAAAUGCUUGUAUGAUGCAUGUGAAACGUACAAAUCUGUGGUUUGCAGAAAUGAACAAUGCCGACAUUUUCUUCAGGCGACUGGCCUGUCACUCUGAUUGUGUCUGUGUGGAGUUCAGACUGACAGUAAAAUCCCUCAAACUGAACUUUGUUGUUUCAGUAUCUCUCUGAGUCUGUCUCUGUGCUCUGCAGCCUCGGCUAAGGGAAACACUUUGUGGUUGCUCCUGCACACUGCUGUUGAUAACUGUUCUUUUUGUGCCCGUGAAAUCAGCUUCAACAUUAUACUGAUGAUAACUACAGCGCUUUGCACUCAUCAGGUGCUCAGUUUAGCUCAACCAGCUGCACAGUUUAGUCAGGCUGUGAUCGGACCGAAAACUUGUCAUUGUCAUCAAUAAUCUCAAAGCAAAUGAGACGUCAAAAUAUCAAAUGGUGCAAGUUAUACUUCACCAAACUCAUAAGCUUUGAUACGAGUCGUAGGUUGAGUUAUGUGGCAUCCUGAUAGGUGAACGGAGCACUCAACAGUUUUGCAUUUUGAACACAAACUCCUGCUCUGUUUACGCUUAUGUCAGGGUGUUUGUUGGCUGGUUUAAUCAGCUUGAUAAGGUGCAGAGCACUUGCAACUAAAUGGAAAGAAUAGAGUUAGCAAAUCUAGCACUCUCAAUGUUUUUGGAAAAAUUGGAAAUCAACAAAGGAGCUUUUUAGAUGUGAAUAUGUCCUUAAACAUGACAGAAAUUACUGUUAUUUCCUGAAAACUAAAAUAUGUCCUGGUUUGAUUUAUUCGGGUUAUCAGGAAGUCACAUUUGCCCAGAUGUAUUGUUGUACAAUGUCCCUUUAAAUUCCAGCUUUGUUUAGGGACAGCCAAAUUAAGCAUUCCUCUGAAGUUAAAUUGGGAAAACUAAAUUAACUCUACUUAAACACCACUUUUCUGAAGGACUCAUGGUUAUUGAAACUGUCCUUAAAAUAUGUUUUGCGAGACAGUUUUUUGAAAAGUGAGAAUGUUGAUGCCACGAUAUGCAGAUGACUCACAGCUUUACCUUUCUACAUUCAUGCUGUUGGCUACUUUCCCCCACCAUCCCAUCCAGACCUGAACAAAAGAGCCUGAUGAACUGAAGCAACUCCACAUGUUGCAGUUUACAUCUCUUUAUAAUUUUACACAAAGGAAAAUGUUUUUGCAACAAACGCGCUGCUGCUGCAGCAGCCCUGCUUUUCAAUGCUAAAGCUGCACAGAGUCAGGACGUGCCGACUCCGUCACCUUAGAGAAUAGACGUCAGUGGACCACAGUGAUGGUGAGGUUUGUCUUUGUACAGUAAACGUACAGUACAGUUAAUGUGUCCCAGUGAAGCCUCUGUUGGUUUGAACAUAGUGUUCUUACUGCUGUGUAAAUGUGGAGCUUUCUCUGGUUCGGCCACUAAGUGUCACUAGUGAGUCUCUGGUUAAUCAUUUCAAGACAAACAAAUCGUUACAUACGCUUUCCUCAUUACAUAAUCUCUGUUUGAUUUGCUCCAUUUAAAGGACUACACUGGUUUUGCAGCCAGCAGAAGAAAAUGCUGGCGUCGUACGUUUCUGCAAACCACGCAUACGUUACAUUUGUACGUUAUUAUGUAGCAGAUACAUUGAAACUUUUUGUAUAAAUAACGCUGUGGUUAAUAUGUGGUUAGGUUUAGGAAUGAAAACCAUUUGUUAUGGUUAGGAAAAGAUUGUGUUUUGGCUUAAAUUACCUGGUUUGGGGGACACUGUCCUCGCUAAAAAAGGAAUGUCUCAGUAAAAAUACAGUCGCUUUUCAUGCCACUAUCCAGACAGGACGAACUGACAGGUCGCUACGAAAUAGCCACAUUGACACAGCAAUGACUCGCUAAAUCACAUCUGGUUUUAUUGUUUGUUGGUUUUGAACAGUGGUCUGCAGCUUGGCAGGCAUAUCACCAAAGUGUCGCGCCAUCAUGGCUGCACCUUGAAAGUCAGACCCCUCAAACGACUAAGAUCGCUUCAAAUCGAGCAGUCAUUUUUUGUUUUGUUUUUUUGGUAGUCAGUGUGCUGCACAGUGUACUCCUGGGGAGGUUUUGGUUCCUAGCAGCAGUUAGAAUAGGCCCCAGUGCACACUCUUAUUAUGGCUCUUUGCAUCGAAAAAGCUACCGUAUGUUUUAUAGUAUCAUCACAUGAUCAAAUACAGACUUGACGUUGAACAAUAUCAACAUACAUAUUACCAAUCGUCACUGCAAAUCUGCAUGUGACAAAAAUACCAAGUAAAUUAAAAAAUUAUACAUUAAAUUGAUUUUUUAAAAGUGUAUUUAUAAUUUAUAUUGUUCACGUAAAAUGAACAAAUAAUUUUAUUAUAGAUUUCUACUGACUUUCACAAAAUAAAAGCAAAGAAACACUGACGGAGAUGGGUUUGCCUUCUCGAGUGCAUAUAUAGCAGAUAACAGCAUUUAUAUUUUGUGUUUGUCUUUAACCACGGGCGUAGUUCUGAGGUGGGAAGUUGAAUCCCUCACAAGGUCCCGUUCUCCAGCUACUCAGUCUACGGGACCCCCCACCCCAUGGGCCCCAGUGCAGCCGCACUGCCUGCACUGUCUAUAUUCACACCCCUGGUCCCCAGAUUGAGCUGAGUGAGCGCUCUUGACUUCCAUGCUACUCUUUGGCACAGACAGCUGUGGACACAGAGGAGGAGAAACAUUCCACCAUAAGGCUGCGAGAUAACGUUAUCUUCUCUCCUCUGCGUAGAAGUGGUUAUUUUAAAGCUCACAGGUUAAUACGACACAGCGUCUGGUUUUUGUUUGAUAUCUAGUGUUGGCAGAAAAUGUUGUUGCACAUUUCUAAUUGGUCGUUACCGCCGUUAGCUUGUUUGCUGUGAAUGCUGCUGUCACACUGAACGUCCGGCUGAGCCCUGUUCAAACUUUAAAACUUUAUAUGGAAAAAAAAUGUUUGUAUUAAAUGACCGUAUCCGAUUCAACUAACAUAAUUCUAACUUGCCCUACGCGCCAUCCACCAUCCCACUCAUACACUUCGUCACUUAAGAAACCUUGAUAUGAUGUAUGAGACGUGCUAAUGUAACGUAUUUUGCAGAAACGUACAAUGUCAGCAUUUUCUUCUAGUGACUGGGCUGAGUCUUUCCUGCUUUAGCUCUUUAACUAUAAACUAUUGUAUGUAUACUUAUAUUCCGCUGACUCCUUUCCAAACCCUUCCUGUAGUUUUUUGUUUUAUUUCCUUCGGUUUCUGUUUAUUUCUAAGAAAAUCAACAUGAAACCUGCUGCGUGAAUUUUGCAUCUUUGCCCAAAUUCAGUCAUGUUUAUGUUAUUUUCUCGCAUAAAACUCCAAGAAAUCAAUCAAUCACUGACGGAUGGUUUGGAGACUGAUCAGCAGGAAUGUAAAGUAGGCUAUUUGUGAUUUGUAGUUGAUGAGUUGAAAUAUUUAGACUCACCGGUUUGGUCCAUUUAAAUCUUCCUAUAAUCGAUCGGUGUACGUGUCUGAGAAUAUAAUGUUGAAGUCAUUCUCAUAGAAACAAACUCAGCACUGGUUGUUUUAACAUUAAUACGUCUUAAGAAUAAACAGUAUAUAGCCUAUAUUUUGAUAACUUCACUAAGUGUACUUUUUGUUCUCCGGUUUUGUAGUGUGUGUGUGUGUGUGUUAUAUUUUGUGCUCGGUUACAGUCCAUGUGUGUGUGAGUAACUCCUGUUUUAAAAGCGUGUGAAGCUGACGGACGUUUAAGAGGAAACAGGGGAGAACGAGCAUCGGACGUCUUCAUCCUAACAGAUACUCACUGCAUGCUCUCUCUUCUCUCUCUGUAACUUUCUCUCUCAGUAUUUUCUCAUUUUGGUUUUUCGAUAUGUGUAUCUUCUUCUCAUCAGCAUGGAAAUGCUUCUAAUAAUAACAGUGACGACUCUAUGAAUAUAAUAAAGAAUUUGAUGUUGUUUUUCCUA